CAAAAACAUGAAUCUUCUCGAUAUAAUAAUCCCACCAUUCCCUUUGAUUCUGUCAGUGUUUAGAGAAACUAAGAUGGAUAAUGCAACGUGGAUCUAAUGACAGAUUAACUUCUUUUGUUCUCCCUUCGAAUCUAGCCCCGGAUGGAUGAACAAAGGUGACAAUGCGUGGCAGCUAACGGCAGCCACCCUCGUGGGCCUCCAGAGUGUUUCAGGGCUUCUUAUCCAGUACGGACGCGCAGUGAAGAAGAAAUGGGCGGUGAACUCAGCUUUCAUGGUACUCUAUGCAUUUGCAUGCGUCCUUGUGUGGUUUUUCUUCAAGAUGGGCAUAAUUGAUUCCUCCGGUGGCUGGGUCAUCCACUUAUCUUCAGGAGUUACCGGUUUCACAGCAGCCUACUGGUCAGGUAGAGUGGGCGCUGGAUUCAGACAAAUCGGAGUUCAGUUGCUGGGGAUUCUGUUCGUUGUUAUAAUCAACAUCGUGAGUACAACCUUAAUAUGUCUACUGGUGCAACUGGUUGUGCCUCCGAGAAUGUCGGAGGAGGACAUAAUGGAAAUUGGAGACGAAGCUGCUUAUGGAGAAGAAACUUACGCCACCUGGGGGUCAAGGCGACAAGCUUAGUAAUGGUUCCAAAGUUUAAACUUUGAUGCCCGAAAGCAGAGCAGCUGGUAUCAAGCAAGAAAUAAAAACUUCGAUCUUUCGCUGUUCGUACGUAACGCUGUUAAUUUCUCUAUUCUGAACUUCGUGUUCAAGCUUUUUCUUUUUCCUUUGUUUUUUUAUCACCAUGCUUCUUUGUUAAGUUGUUUGUGGCCUUCUUAACUUUCUUAGAAUCGAAGUCUUUUUCUUUUUCGCUGAAUUGACUAAAACAAAUUUCCAAGC